AUGGACGACCUUCUCAACCUCGAGAUUCUCUCGCUUGUCUCCAAGGUUACGUCUGAACUCCAGAAUCACGUCGGGGUUGGGGACAAGACACUCGCAGAGUUUCUCAUUGCCCAGCGCGUGGACAGCGACAGCAGCGAUGGCUUUCGCAGCAAACUCGAAGCAACGGGCGCCGAAUUCCCGCCCAGUCUGGUGGACAGCAUCGACCGGCUGGUCAUGACGAUGCAUCCCAAGAUGAAAGGCAAGAAGGCGCCUGCCCAGGCAGAAGACCACCGCCCUUCGAGGACCAUCGAAGAGAAGGAGAAGGUGUUCAGUGGGCUCGCCAUGCCGGACAAGAAUGGCGCCGAUGCUAUCGACGAUACACUGGCGCUCUUGGAAAGCCUUGAGCCCAAGGCGCAAAGACCAGAAAAGUCCAGGAAACGGAGUCGAAGUCCGGGCGACGACCACAAAGAAUCACGACGACGCAGGCGAGAUAGAUCCCGGUCGCGCGAGAGACGGAAAAGAGACAAGUACCGAUCCCGGUCACGCUCACAAGAGCGCGGUGAUGAGGACUGGCGGGAAGGUUUCAAGCCCUCGCGCAAAAGUCGCGGCCGUCGGCGAGACGAGGACGAGGACUACAAGGGGCACAUCCAGAGGGCGCCGGAACCAGACAUCGACGACGAACCACAGUUACACAAGAUCUACGAGGGUCACGUCACGGGGGUCAAGGACUUUGGCGCUUUCGUCAACCUGCAUCAUGUCCGCGGCAAGGUGGACGGGCUUGUCCAUGUGUCACGGUUGGUAGCUGGACAGCGCGUGAACCACCCGUCCGAUUUGGUCGCUAUUGGACAGCACGUCUUUGUCAAAGUGAGCAACAUCGAGGGCAAGAGGAUAGGAUUAUCGAUGCGCGAUGUCGACCAGCAGACAGGGCAGGAUCUGGAGCCACAGGCGCGACUGACGACUGGUGCGAACAUGGAGGCGAUAGGAGGGGCAGGGCGCAACGGACUCGAUUCAGGUGCGCCUAUGCCGAGGGAUGAUCUAGGCCCCCCUCAACGGCAGAAGAAGAGAAUGACUUCGCCAGAGAGAUGGGAAAUUCGACAGUUGAUCGCCUCGGGAGUGGCGAAAGCGUCCGACUACCCUGAUCUCGAGGAGGAUUACAAUGCGACAUUACGAGGUGAAGGCGAUCUAGAACUAGAGGAGGAUGUUGACAUUGAAGUACGAGAAGAGGAGCCGCCGUUCCUGGCAGGCCAGACCAAACAGUCCCUGGAAUUGUCCCCCAUCCGCGUCGUCAAAGCCCCGGAUGGCUCGAUGAACCGAUCAGCAAUGUCGGGAACAGCACUCGCAAAGGAGCGCAAGGAGCUAAAGCAGCAGGAGGCCGAUGCGGCCAAGAAGGGGGAGACCAAGGAGAAUCUGGCCUCGUCGUGGCAUGACCCCAUGGCCGACCCUGACAAGCGCAAGUUUGCGUCCGACAUGCGCGCGGCAGCCAGAGACGAGGAAGUGCCCGAAUGGAAGAAGACCAUCAACAAGCCUGGACAGGCACCGACGAAACGGUCGGAAAUGAGCAUGAAGGAGCAGCGCGAGUCGCUCCCGGUCUUUGCGUUCCGAAAUCAGCUUAUCAAGGCUGUGGAGGAGAAUCAGAUCAUGGUCGUCGUUGGCGAGACUGGCUCGGGCAAGACAACACAGUUGACACAGUAUCUCGCCGAAGCUGGCUUUGCCAAUAAUGGCAUGAUUGGCUGCACGCAACCACGACGAGUGGCCGCCAAGUCGGUCGCUGAUCGUGUCUCGAAGGAAGUUGGCUGCAAGCUGGGCGAAGAAGUCGGAUACACGAUUCGCUUUGAGGACUGCACAUCGCCUGCUACGAAGAUCAAGUACAUGACGGACGGUAUGCUGCAAAGAGAGAUCUUGGUGGACCCGGACAUCAAACGAUAUUCCUGCAUCAUGCUGGACGAGGCGCACGAGCGUACCAUUAGCACGGAUGUCCUGUUCGCUCUGUUAAAGAAGGCCAUGAAGCGUCGACCCGACUUGAAGGUGAUUGUCACCUCUGCGACACUCGAUGCGGACAAGUUCUCGGCGUACUUCAACGAAUGCCCCAUCUUCACGAUCCCAGGUCGAACGUACCCCGUGGAGGUGCUCUAUUCCAAAGAGCCAGAAUCCGACUACCUGGACACCGCACUGGUCACCAUCAUGCAGAUUCAUCUGACAGAGCCCAAAGGAGAUAUUCUACUUUUCCUCACGGGUCAGGAAGAAAUCGACACGGCAUGCGAGGUGUUACACGAGCGGAUGAAAGCGCUGGGACCGAAUGUGCCUGAUUUGGUGAUCCUCCCCGUGUACUCGCAGCUUCCGCCAGAGAUGCAAAGUCGCAUCUUCGAGCCGGCACCGCCAGGCGCACGCAAAGUUGUCAUUGCCACCAACAUUGCUGAGACGUCCAUCACCAUUGACGGCAUCUACUACGUCGUAGACCCCGGCUUCGUCAAGCAGAACGCGUACGACCCCAAGCUGGGCAUGGACUCGUUGGUGGUCACGCCCAUCUCGCAGGCUCAAGCCAACCAGAGAGCUGGUCGUGCCGGACGUACAGGUCCAGGAAAAUGCUUCCGCCUGUACACAGAGGCGGCGUACCAGUCUGAGAUGCUGCCCACUACGAUCCCCGAAAUCCAGAGGCAGAACUUGGCAUUAACGAUUCUCAUGCUGAAAGCCAUGGGUAUCAAUGAUCUGCUGCACUUUGACUUUAUGGAUCCCCCACCCAUCAACACGAUGCUGACAGCAUUGGAGGAGUUGUACGCGCUAGGGGCGCUGGACGACGAAGGACUCCUGACGCGCCUAGGACGAAGGAUGGCAGAUUUUCCCAUGGAACCGUCGCUGGCAAAGGUCGUCAUCGCAGCUGUCGAUCACGGCUGUUCCGACGAGAUGCUCACGGUUGUGGCCAUGCUCAAUUUGCCUACUGUCUUCUACCGACCGAAAGAGAAGCAAUCCCAGGCCGACCAGAAGAAAUCCAAGUUCCACGAUCCGCACGGCGAUCACCUGACCCUCCUCAACGUCUACAACGGGUGGAAGAACAGCGGCUUCUCCAACCCGUGGUGCUUUGAGAACUUUAUCCAAGCACGCGCCAUGCGCUUGGCCAAGGACAUUCGAAACCAGCUCGAAGACACCAUGAAGCGCCACCGGCACCCCAUCGCCUCCUGCGGUCGCAACACGCAAAAGGUACGCCAAGCCCUGUGCGCGGGUUUCUUCCGGAACACUGCGCGCAAGGACCCUCAGGAGGGCUACAAGACGCUCAUCGAGGGCACGCCCGUCUACCUGCACCCGAGCUCCGCGCUCUUCGGCAAGCAGGCCGAGUGGGUUGUGUACCACACGCUGGUCCUGACGUCCAAGGAGUACAUGCACUAUACGACGAGCAUCGAGCCCAAGUGGCUCGUGGAGGCGGCGCCCACGUUCUUCAAGGUGGCGCCGACGGACAAGUUGAGCAAGAGGAAGCAGGCCGAGAGGAUACAGCCACUGUACAACAAGUUCGCGACGGAGGACGACUGGCGCAUCAGUGCGCAGAAGAAGAGUGGCCGGACGGGUGGUGGAGGAACAUGGGGUUGA